AUGUUUCUCCUCGGAGACAUAUACGCUGCUCUCGGCUACCUCAGUCAAACUCAGCUGCACCCAAAUGCUCCCUUCCUCUUCCUCUUCACUUUUCGAUAUCUUCGACUGCUCGUCCACAUCGUUGCCUUUUGGCUAUACCGUCCAGCACCCAUCCCUCGGUUCGGAUAUGUGACUGAGCAAGAUGUCUCUGUCAUUAUUCCGACAAUCGAACCCGACAACCCGGAUUUCACAGAAUGCCUUGCUUCAAUACUUGAUAACAACCCUGCAGAGAUCAAAAUCGUUACAGUAGGCAAAAGCAGACUGAGGCUGACCAAGAGAAUCAUCGCACCGUUCCGCGCCGCCAACCCUGACGUUUCAUUCAAGGUCUAUGAUACUCCUGUCGCUAACAAACGCCAACAGGUCGCUCACGCCUUGACGAAAGUCCGCACCAAGAUCACCGUUCUCGUGGAUGACCACGUUUUCUGGCCCUCUCGGAACUUCCUACGUACAGCCAUUGCCCCUUUUGAAGACGGAAGGGUCGGCGCGGUCGGGACAAAUAAGCGUGUCCGUCGAGCUGAGACACCGUUCGGCUUCGCUUCAUUCUGGAACGUUAUGGGCGCAUUAUAUCUCGAACGACACAACUUCGAGAUCCGCACUACCAAUGCUAUCGACGGCGGCGUCUUCGUCAUCAGCGGUCGGACUUGCCUUUACCGUACGGCCAUCCUGCAAGACCCGGACUUUUUGAAAGCAUACUUGAACGAGCGAUUCUUCUUCGGUAAGUUUGGACCUCUCAACGCCGACGACGACAAUUACAUCACUCGCCAGGUUGUUUCGAAGGGGUGGAAAAUCAAAAUACAGUACACUCAAGACAGCAUGAUCGAGACCACGCUGGGCGUGUCAGGCCACAAGAAGUUUCUGUCGCAGUGCCUUCGCUGGGUACGCACCACAUGGCGCUCGAACUCGGCUUCGUUGUUUACGGAUCAGACCGUCUGGCGAUCGCAACCCUGGUGCGUGUACGCGGUGUAUUUGACCAGCUUUGUCAACUUUGCUUUGUUCUACGAUGCGGCGCUGGUGUACACGCUCAUGAGGAGUGAAUUCAGCAGCCCAACGGCCCUCAAAGCACUAGGUAUGUGGACCUUUGCGAGCAAGAUGGUCAAGAUCACUCCUUAUUUUAUGCGGCAUCCGAAAGAUCUUGUCUAUCUGCCAGGGUAUUUUGCUUUUGCUUACUUUCACAGCUUGAUCAAGUUAUAUGCCGGACUGACGUUCUGGGUCACGGCCUGGGGUGGUCGUGAUUUGAACAAGAUCAAUGAGACUGCUGAUCAGGAUAGCAGCUUCGGGGACUCCUCGUCCAGCGGAUCUAGCAGCUCGGACAGUGACUCGGACUUUGCCGUGAGCAUUCGUCGGCACGGUCCUCAGAAAGCAGCAGCAGCAGCAGCAGCAGUCAAAAGUCAAUCACGCCCCCUGGUGGCCGGCCGCCAGCAACGAUGCUGGGAAGAUACCACGAAGCAAAGCCACGCAAUCGUGCUCACCACUGACGCCAGAGUCCUCUGUCACAGCCGAGUCGCUUUCGCCCCGCGCGUCCUGGAUCGACGAGUUUUGGCAGCAGUACUGGCUUGUUCGACGCUCGUCAGACUCGCUGAGACGUGUUCAAUCCCCAUCGCCAGUACCAUCUUUUAA